GAACACUCCGACAAGCUGCUUCUGGACUGGUAUCUGGCUGCUGACUCACUUUGUGGACCCUCAGUGAAAACAGGUCAUUUGGAAUUCUGAAGCGACGCAACUUCGGGGCAGCGCGAGGCCUGGAUGAAGACACCUGACUGCGCGCGACGCCUCAUCCGUGGGUGGGAGAACUGCGUGACGCCUUCAGGAAUGUGGAAUAUGAGCGUUUGCCACUGAAUCAUGACUUCAGACCUCAACCUGACCUCCCUGCUGAACGCAGAGCUCCAGAACCACACGCGAGGAUGCUCCCUCACCAAGACCGGCUUCCAGUUCUACUACCUGCCCACCGUUUACAUCAUGGUGUUCAUCGCCGGCUUGGUGGGCAACAGUCUGGCCAUCUGGAUGUUUGUGUGCCACAUGCGGCCCUGGAGCAGCAUCUCGGUCUACAUGUUUAACCUGGCGCUGGCCGACUUCUGCUACGUCCUCUCCCUGCCCUUCCUUAUUUUCUACUACUUCAACAAAACCGACUGGAUAUUCGGCGACGUCCUGUGUCGCCUGCAGAGGUUCAUUUUCCACGUGAAUCUUUAUGGGAGCAUUUUGUUCCUCACCUGCAUCAGUAUUCACCGCUACACCGGCGUGGUGCACCCGCUGAAGUCUCUGGGUCGACUGAAGAAGAAGAACGCGGUCAUCACCAGCGCCUUGGUGUGGACCGUGGUCGUGGUAGGAAUGUCUCCCAUCCUCUACUACUCCAGGACGGGGCUGAAGCGCAACGCCACCACGUGCUACGACACCACGACCGUGGACGAGCUGCCGGGCUACUUCAUCUACAGCAUGACGCUGACUGUCCUUGGCUUCUGCGUCCCCUUCAUCAUCAUCUUCUGCUGCUACGGCAUGAUCGUCAAGUCCUUAAUCUACAACGACAUGAACAAUGCGCACCUGCGGCAGAAGUCCAUCCACCUGGUCAUCAUCGUGCUGGUCGUCUUCGCCAUCUCUUACUUGCCUUUUCACGUGAUGAAGAACCUCAACAUGAGGGCUCGCCUCUACUUCCAGAGCCCCGACAUGUGCGAGUUUAACAACCGGGUCUAUGCCACCUACCAGGUGACUCGAGGUCUAGCCAGCCUCAACAGCUGCGUGGAUCCGGUGCUUUACUUCCUGGCCGGCGACACCUUCAGGAGGAAGCUGUCGAAGGCUACUAAAAAGCCCUCCAGGAAGGGGGACAACGUUCUCCAGUCCAAGAGCGAGGAGACGGCGCUCAACAGUCUGGCGGAGUAUGUGGAGAAUGGCGAGCGGAGGAUGUGAGGGAGCACAGAGGUGACUGCAUUGUGCCCGGCGACGGGUGGAGAUUCAGGAAAUAAGCUCCAAAUGCCAACAGUGGGCCUCGUAUUUACUAUCACUCUGUGGAUUGAAGGCUGCGUUGUGAUUCGAAAAAACAUUUCCAUUUGGAUAUAUCUUACCUAGUUGUCAGUGCUGGACGGUAACACCAAGAAUGCCAAUAGAUGAUUUCCUAAAGUGAAGAAACCUUAUUUCUAGGAGGAAAAAAUCUAUACAUAUAUUUUGGUAUAAAAACAUAGUGCUUGCUUCCAUGGUGUGUAUUAGGUGUCACUAACAUGGUGCACUAGGUAGCCCACAGAGACCCAAGGGUCUGAAUAAAAUAAAUAAAUAAAAUAUGUAUUUUUUUUCAUGUAAUAACCAUCUUAUUAUGUUUAAUUUUGUUAUUACUUUUUUAAUUACACCAUUGGUAAUUAUUGUGAAAACUCAGCAAGGAGAGGAAUAUUAUUUAUCGUUCAUUGUAUAUCAUGAUUUUAGAAGUGUGUACUGAACCCAUGCUAGGUCACACAGCGCCCUUGGAGUAGCUUGCAGGUGCUAAAAGGUUGAUGGUUGAUCAUGUUGGCUCCGCCUCAUCUUCCACCUGAUGUUGCUCUUGAGCAAGACAGGCUCAACACAGCUGUACUCGAACACUCAAACUGAAAUCACUUGUAAACGCUGGCUUUAUACUUUCUGAACAACAGGAAAUCAACGACUAUUCGAGGAUAAUUUUAGUAUCGAUUUUCAAGUUUCAAGUCGAGUUUCAAUAGUAAAUCUCAUGUCUCAUGACUCCAGCUUUCUCCAUGAAGCACAUCCUCUUUUAACCAAGUCACAACUGCAUCAUUUUCAUUUUGGGGAAGUUUCUUAGAUUCAUUUUGACUCUGUUUUCGUAACAACAGCCUGUUGAAUACCGAAGCAAUAAGUGGGUCACUAGUGUUUAUUUGUACUACUUUCUGCAACGUCGAUGCAUCAAAUAUAUGAAGCAGGAUAAUAUGGAAUCAUAAAGCAUAGCAAAGAAAAAAAAAUCAAAUAACACAUUUAUAUUUUUGGUCACUCAAAGUUGCCACCAUUUGCUUUGUUGACAGCGCUGCCAACCCUUGGACUCAGAAUGAGCCUCAUGAUGUAGUGACCUGUUGGAAAAUUGCAGGUCAUGACUUCAUACCAAGAGUGUGCAAGGAAGCAAAUAGUGGCUGGUUUUGAAGAAUCAAAAAGGUUUUGAGAAAUUUCACACAAUAAAUAGUCAUGAAAAUAAAGCCAUGAAUGGAGAAGGUGUGUCCAAGCUUUUGACGAGGAUUUCAAUACCGAGCUUUUGCGGAACAUGUGAAAUGACUUCCAGGCCGGAUUUGGCCCCUGGGCUUUGAGUUGGACCCAGGCAAACUUGGCAGUGAUAUGGGAUGCCGACAGACCUUUUCUCUUACUUCAUCUCAUCACGCUAAAAUGAACCCCAAAAGACCUAACUGUGCAGUAUUAAUGUGUCAAGAGCAGUUUACAUUCCGAAGUGGAAGUGCCAAGUCAGUUGCGACAUUCCAGGGAGCAUAUCAGGAAUCAUUGGGAAGCGGAUAACUAGCUAGGGAGGAUGCGUAAGUUCCGCUGAGGCAGAGGAGGCUGAGUUUUUGGCAACCCUUGAUGGGAAAUGCCGAAAGAUAGAAGAGGCGGAGGAAGUCAUACGGUAUCAGAGCUCAGUUUAUCUUGAGAAGAAGACAAUUUUUAAGUGGCCACCUAUCAGGACAAGUUGUGGCUAAGCAUUGGUAACAUCAAUACAGCUGUGCAGGCUUGGGUUGGCGCAAAAUAUCUAGCCUCCCCACUGAAGGCCAUGGCUUGUCCGAGCUCGCUCCACUGGUUAGUUUCGCGUUAGCCCACUGUUGCAUUCUUCAGCCACAGCUCAGCAUUUGAACAAGUUAUCGCAGUCUAUAUGUCAUUCCAGCUAAGGGUGUUGAACCUACGUAAACACCAGUGUCUGAACUGGUGUGCCGCCCAGCACUGACGGUGUUAGGGACGUCCCACAGUAGGUUCCUCUCCUGUCGUGAUCACUGAACAUCAACAUGUUUCCUUGUUUUGAGAAAGUGACGCUCCACCACGGUGUUUGGAAAUGCACUAUUCUUCUGCACGGAUGUGCGGUGAGGCAAUGUAAUGCACUAUGGUUGUAGUCUGUUUUAAAGAGGACCCAUCUCUUCUGCUCUUCGAUCCUCCAUGCAGCCGUGAUCAGGUCCGCAGCAGGUCACUGGCCGGGACUGUGAGGGAGACUUUUACUGGCAGUAUUUUGUGUAUAUACGGUAUUACCCAUGUACUGUAUAGGCUAUCGUGAUGUUUUAGAUGUGAACUACUUUAUCACUUACUGAGAUGAAGUGCAUGAGUAUAAACACUGACAAACUUCAGAAGGUUGUGUACAAAGGACUUUGUAUCAUUAAUAUCCGGUUUAUGUGUGAACAUACCUCGAUGUGUAAAAUACUGCACUGUGUUUGUGUGUUGUUGGUGUCAGUCUGGACAAAUGAUCGUGUGCCUACUGUACACUGACCAGGAGUAGAUGUUAGAUGUCUGUGCUAAACGCCCCGUGUAUCUGUCAUGUGGUGAGCUGUUGUGAAAGAAGCGACGUAAAUAAAUGUGCCACGUGGAUCUCAGAUCAUUUGGUAAGUUGUUCAUGUGGCUGAUGUUUACCCAACAUCCCGAUUCUUGUUGAUAAUUCAUUGAAAGAUUCUGUCCUAUCGGAUGUUACGCGUGCUGUGGCUAUUGAUUGCUGCUCAUAUAUCACGUUCAUCUGUAUUUAUGAGAUUGAAAGUGGCUAUUUCAAUUACAAAUGUGGGAAAGGAAAGCAAAACAU